AUGCGGUGGCGGUGGAGUGGCACGAUGAAUUUGACAAAUAUAUUUUUGGCUAUUUUGCUUGUUGGUUUUGCGAACUCAGCGGAAGGAUCGCGACGAGCACAACGAAGAAAGGACUCAAAGAAUGAUCUCUACAUUCCCGCCCCAAGUGCAGAGUCAAUCCAAGCCUUAGCUGAGGCCAUGGGCGCCGCUGGCUUCGAGAGUUAUACGGAGGGAAAGGCGCUUGUCAAGAGACUCAUACCGUCUCAUAGCCAACCCGAUCUGGACAUUGUUGAACACCAAGGUGUAAUCGGUAAAGCAGGCAUAGACUUUCCAGCACUUCCCAACAUCCCCAAUACCGGAUUCAACUGCAAGAACGUGCCAACAGGAUAUUAUGCCGACUUGGAAACUGACUGCCAGGUUUUCCAUAUCUGUGACACCUCACGCAAGAUUUCCUUCCUCUGUCCCAACGGCACCAUCUUCAGCCAGUCCCACCUCAUAUGUGACUGGUGGUUCAAGGUGGACUGCGCCUCUUCACCAGCGCUUUAUGAAUCCAGCGUCGAGUACUACUCCAACGAACAAAAAAAGUCGCAAAAGGUCACGAAAAGCCUUAGCAAGAACGCAGAUCUUCAGCAAAUAGGCGAGACUAACGUUCGCGCAGAAUCAAGGCGAGCAUCUGUCAAUGUUCCCAGCACUACUGAAAGAUUGAUAAGACAUAGACAGAGAUUGUCCAACGAAUCUCCUAACAUACAUACGACAAAACCAUCAUCCAGAAGCUAUCAAGCUCUUUUCAAUAUCAAUCCGACUCAAAGGGCCCAAGCAACUGCAACUUUUGAAAAUAAAAGGAGAAAUCUUGUCCAACUUAUAUCUAAUGAUUUCGGAAACGGUGCGGUUAGAAGCACUUUACCAACGUUUUAUGACGCUUCGACUCAUAGAACUACAAUUCCCGCUGGCGAUUAUAACAGCAUUAGAGAAAUGCAGGAGGCUGCAGAAACUGCAUCGUUUGCGCAGAAUCAAAACAGACAGUUCUUAAGAGACUACAAUAAUAAAAAUUUACGUCCUUAUCCUGUGUACAGCCCAAACCUGCCACCCCAAUCUGUUAAAACUAAAAGUAAUCCAUCCCUAACAACGUUGUACGAUAUCAAACCUCAAAAUGGAGCACAAUAUACGCAGGAGGCAACCACAAAGAGACACACUUUGAUCCCAUACACAAAGAGCUAUGUUAAUACCAUUAAUGAGAACCGUGAACCCUAUACAAGACCUGGUGUUUCCUUGCUUAAAAGCUUUAUUGAAAAAGAAAAGAACCGAACAGUUUAUGCUACGACUGAAAAAAUUGUAAAGGCCACAGCAAGAAGCGGGGAUGCUAAUAAUAUCUCAUGGAAUACUGCCCCUGAAAGGAAUCAAGAGACGUUUGAGUCGUCUACGAAAAUUCCUCAUACAACAAGGGAUGCCAGAAUUACUGCUUCAACCAACAGAUUCGAGACUUAUUCUACCAUAGUUGAUGCUCUGAGUACAACAGAACAACCAUAUCAAGAACGAAAACAGAGAUUAUUAAAUAAAAAUAAUUAUGAUAUUUCAGAUCACACAGAGCCAACUUUAACUACCGUUUCCGAAAAAUAUUACGGAGACCAACCAAACCGACCGGGUUUAGUCAUCCCACCAUCCUUAACACCAAAAACACUACACUCUUUAGCUAUAUAUUAUGCAACAGCCAUGGACAACCUCUCCACAGAAAAACCUCAAGAAGAUAACGAACUUACAACUCCAGCUUUUGAUGACUUUGAAACUAUGGAGGACGGGCUACCAAAUAUAUUUAGCCAGCAGACUAUUAACAAAUACAGCAGCCUGUUUGGACACGGAUCUAAUAAUGAUGAGUUAUUGGAAGAAAUCAAAUUGGAUCCAAAUGGAACUUAUAAUGAAAUUAUGGAAGAUUUGUCUUUUCAAAUGAGCCAAAUGCCGCUAGCGACCUCUCCUCAGAUACGUGAACUGGCUCAAGUGUUUACACAUGCACUUUCUGCCUAUUUACAAGAUCCUGUACAAUUUAGAAAAGUUCUUUCAGACAUUCGACCAACUCCUCCAUCCUUCGGUGACAUGUUAACCGCAACAGACGAUCCAACUAAUACAGAACCAACAACCACAAUAAAUGAAGACGAUGAUGAAAUAUUAGGAUUUUCAGACGAUCACAAAAUUAGAGAUCCCAGUAACUCUAUCCGAGAUCCGAAAGCAUUGAAAAUAGCCACUGAUUACACCUUUGAAACAACAACUACACAAAAGCCCACAACGAUGCCAAUUUACUCAACUACGUAUGUACCAACAACUCCCACAAAUCCAUUUAGAUGUUGCGGAAGAAUAUCAGCGUCUUAUACAACUGCUCAAACACCGACAAUACCAUUUUACUCUCCCAGUACACGGUCACCGAAGUCAUAUGAACGUCCCACAACAGAUAGCUACACCUUAUCACAAUAUGGUGAAUUGAAAAAUAACUCAGAUAACGAUUCAGAAAAACCCUACGGCUACGGCUUAAUACCCACCGGGGCACGAACAAUAAGCGACUACACUGAAGUUACAAAUUUACCCUCAGCUUGGGAUGAUGACGUGACUGACUCAACACUUCAACCCAUUACAAAUUCCCAUCAAAUGUUUGAAAGUAAAAAAAUUAGAACUACAUUCCCAGAACCCCGACCGACUUAUGUCGCAGACGCUGACAGUGUUGAAUUAGAAAAUGAAGAAGAGUUACAAAGAGCUCACAGUCAAUCAUUCGUGUCACCGCAAGGUAACAGUGUCAGACAAGAAAAACAACUCGAAGUGCAUAACAAAAAUUUUGUAAAACAGCCAUCAUUCGAUUUAGAAGCUCCUACUAUACCUGAUAUUGACACAACCACAAUACAGGCUACUACACAAAGCUUUACAACCACAGUCAAAGAUCAAACAGAGGCAUAUACCACAACGGCACCUGUUUCUAGUAGUGUUUUUACAUCGCCUGGUGCGGAAAAGACAACAUACGAAUUCCAAUGGCCAACGACUUUUGACAAUUGGCAAAGUACCAUAAUUGACCCAAUAACAUUAAAUGACGGUUUAAGUGUUUAUUCUCGCGAUCAAAGCGUUUCAAAAUUGAACCAACAAACCGACAACGAGGUUUCUACAACAUUUGCCCCAACAACGACAUAUUACACGACGACAGAACAAGUACCUUCAUCGACAAUUCGUACUGAAGUAACUACAUCAAAUGACUUGGGUAGCCAUCGAGAAGGGAAAGCUCUUAGAGAACCAACAUCAACAGAAAUAUCACAAGAUUUAACAACAAUCGCCGACACCGUUGUAGAAAAAGCGAAAGAAAUUAUGGGAGGAAUGAACUCAACAACCACGCAAAAGUUAAUGAACGUCAUGAAGAAAACUAAAUCAAAGACUGUUAAACGUUUAAUACUUCUAUUAGUACAAACAUGUGACGACGAUCACAAUUCGACAGCCGAAGCUUCAAAGAAGGCAUUGCUAGAAGCAUUAAUGGCAGUUUCUCAAAAGGACAUGGAAGAUAUUGCAAAAGAAGAAGCAACAGAGACUACAAUCCCUGACAUAGACUAUAUACAAACUACUCAGUUUCAGCGACGUAUGGACAGAAUACCAAUUGGAAAUAGAAGUGGUAAAUCCCUUAAUAUUGACGCUAAAGCUGUCAACUCGCUCUCAAACCCGACGACAGCAGAAUCACAAACUAAAUCGGAAACGACCACAGCUAAUAUAAUAAGAACUACGUUUCCAACGAGACGAGGUGCUAGGAAGUUUCAAGCACGGACGACACCAGAAACAAGGGCGAUUUUAGCUGAUCGUCCCAUUGCGGAAGCGAGAAUAGCAGCUCAGGACAAAACACAAUCGGACACAAGAGCAAUUGAAUUACUACGAUCAUUAUACACAAUAGCUGCAAAAUGGGGUUAA